CCUCGGCCCCAGGGGAUGACACGGGGCUGUCCCUAUCCCAGUCCCCAUUCCCGGUCCCUCCCCGCCCGCGGCCCUCACGGACCACGGAAACCCCGCGCUGCUUCCGCCCACCAAUCCCAGCGCGCGAUCCUGGAUUUGCAUAACCACGCCCUCCGCUCUGGCCACGCCCACCGACGGCUAUGGCCCCUUCCGGGCCCUCUUUGCUCCCAGUUCCCUCCCAGUGCUCCCAGUAGAAGCGGCACUGGCAGGAGAGAGCUCCCAGUUCCUUCCAGGUACUCUCAGGAUCGCUGCCGCUGCUCUCUCUGUCAUUCCCAGUGCUCCCAGGAUCACUCCCAGCGCCGCGGGGGCCGCAGCCACUUUGAAACCCCCCAAGGCAGAGUGCGGCUGCUUUUGGGUGUCGGCGCCUGCCCGGGCCGGGCUGGGAGCGGAGGAGAGGGAGGAGGGGAGGAAGAGCCGCAGCAGCAGAACCGGACGACUUCCCCCGCCCUCCCGCUGAGGUCACAGCUCCGCCGGCAUCAAACCUGCCCCCGGAAUCCGCAGGAAGACGUGAGGAAAAGGAACACGCCUACGGAGCCCCAGGCAGACAAGGAGCUAAGGAUGGAGACCAGGGAGGACAAAUCCCCGCAGCAGAACCUCGUAGAAGAGGCCGUUUACAGUGGCUCCAUGGCGCAGGAAUCCAACGGGGAGGAACAGCCCCAGAGAUCCCUCACGGGAUCUUGGAUAUCCGAGGAGGAAACGCCCACCAAGGGCCAGAGAAGCGGACAGACCUGCAGCCAGAGCUCGGAGCUGGGGGUCCAUCAGCAGCUUCAUGAUGGGGAGAAGCCCCACAAGUGCUCGGAAUGUGGGAAGAGCUUCAGCAAAAGAUCCUCCCUGAUCUGCCACUGGAGAAUUCACGUGGGGGAACGGCCCUACGAGUGCGGGGAGUGUGGGAAGAGCUUCAGUACGAGAUUCAAACUGACCCGCCAUCAGAUGAUCCACACUGGGGAGAGGCCCUAUGAGUGUGAUAAAUGCGGGAAGAGGUUUCAGACCAGCUCCAAUCUUGUCAUGCAUCAGCGCAUUCACACAGAGGAGAAGCCCUUCCGCUGCCCCAAAUGUGGGAAGGGCUUCAAACACAACUGCCGCCUUGUCUCCCACCUGCGUAUCCACACUGGGGAGUGGCCCUACGAGUGUGGCCAGUGUGGGAAGUGCUUCAGGACAAGCUCUGAACUGAUUGUCCACCGAAGGAUCCACACAGGGGAACAGCUCUAUGAGUGUGAUAAAUGCAGCAAGAGGUUUCUGACCAGCUCCAGUCUCCUCAGUCACUAUCGCAUUCACACAGAGGAGAAGCCCUUCUUCUGCCCCAAAUGUGGGAAGACCUUCAGGCACAGCUCCAACUUUGUCAAGCACCAGCGCGUCCACACUGGGGAGAGGCCCUAUGUGUGUCCUGUGUGUGGGAAAAGCUUCUCACAGAGCUCUACCUUGACCCAACACCAACGGAGUCUCCACUAAGGGAAGCACUGCAAGUUCCCCGAGUGCGGAAAGAGCUUCGUGCUCUGCUCCUGCUCCAUCUCCAUGGCAGGAUCCGCACUGGAUGAUCCCCAGUGACCCCCAGUGGGCAGAGUGCUGGUCAUCCAUGUUGGGAAGACACCUGGCUGGGGGGGCUCCAUGGUCUCGUAGCUUCCCUUAAGCACCUGAACACAUCCACAGAUCAACAUCAGAAAUCCAUUGUGGAGAGCACAUUUAUUGAUUUCUGACCUUAGAAAAAUCUCACUUUUUGUGUCUUCUGGUGGCAUGAAGUAACACUGGAUGGCCUUGGAGGUCUUCCUCUCUGGCCCACGGGCAUCUUCCACAGCCAGAUGGGAAGAGACUAGGGUAAAACCCAGGAUUUUGUAGACAGUGGGGUGGAAACCGCUCCGAAGAGUUUCUUCCCACCCAGCCAAGCAUGUGGCCUUUUGUUUUGGCCUUGAAACUGAAAGGUUUCUGUUCAUCCUUUUGAAAGCCUGAAAUUGGGGUAAAAAUAAAGAUGUUGAAGU